GAGGAAGAGCGCGCCCUGAAUGCCAUUCACACAUCCCACUAGCUGGGGAGCGCAGUCACCGUCAGGAUCGUCAGCAGCUCUAAGUGCGCUCUGCGUGCGCCCUGAGCGCACUGGCAAUAUGAGUUAGAGGACGGCUGCUUGCCACACGUCGGUGGACUCUGCUUGGCGUUAAAAUAAGUAGUUCACGCGGAAAAAGAUGAGUGUCUACAGAUGCGCUGCGACUCACUUGGAGAAUACUUAGAGAAACCUUCCUGCUGAGCAUCUUCGGAGUUCUCCGCUGGAAAAAAAGAAAAAAAAAACGCUUUUUCUUUAAGCAAGUGGGGAUUUAAUCAUCUGUUCAGUUCACGUUGCACACUCCUUUUGCGCGCAGCCUCUCUGAAAACACCUCCGAUGCCCCUCUUUGUAGUCGCUAAACCGACCAGAACUUUGCCGUCCUAUGACUGGAUUUUAUGGAUAUUUUUUUCCGACCUGUCACGGACCCAAAUACUUGCCCAAUAAGGACUUAUUAGGAUUGCAAGAAGAAUGAAGAGUCACCGGGGCCGGGGGAAGCACCAUGAGUGGCCCGUGCACCGCCACUAGACUGACGGCCCUCAUGUUUUUAUGGAAGUGGUUGACAUUAAGCCUGCUCGUGAGCUGGGUGUCAGUGGGGGCCAGUGCCGCGGACUCCACCGGCGCUGGUUUCAGCGGCUCAAAUGGACCCCUGGGCUGGCUGCUCUCCGAGAAGGGUCCCUUUCACAACUCACAUGGGUUUGUUGAUUUCACAGAGCGCUACCAGCAAGGAUUCACCACCAAAUACAAAAUAUACAGGGAAUUUGGCCGUUGGAAGGUGAACAGCUUGGCCCUAGAAAGACAAGAAAACAAUGGCUUUUCAUUGCCGCUGGACCCAGAGUUCCUCCAGACCAUUCGGCAUCUGGGCAGGAGGCCCACUCUCAGAGCCAUCACUGACAACAUCAUAAGGAAAUACGGAACUCACUUCCUGCUUUCUGCAACACUUGGAGGGGAAGAGUCCUUAAUGAUCUUUGUGGACAAGCGGAAGUUGAGUCGGACAUCUGAAGCGGGUGAAUCCAAUGGCACAGCUGUGACGCUGGAAGCUCUGCACCAGCUGGCUGCCUCCUACUUCAUAGACAGAGAGAGCACCUUGCACAAGCUGCACCACAUCCAGAUUGCCUCUACUGCCAUUAAGGUGACCGAAACAAGGACAGGCCCUCUUGGAUGCAGUAACUAUGACAACCUCGACUCUGUCAGCUCUGUUUUGGUUCAGAGCCCUGAAAACAAGAUUCAUUUGCAAGGCCUCCAGGCCAUACUGCCAGAGUAUCUGAGAGCCAGGUUUGUGCAGGCCGCUCUAAGUUAUAUUGGCUGUAAUGAAGAGGGACUGUUUGUGUGCCGGGACAACGACUGCUGGUGCCAGUGUGCUGUUGACUAUCCAAAAUGUAAUUGUCCUGAGGAGGAUCUAAGGGCAAUGGAAAGCAGUUUACUUCAAAUCAGAGAUUCGUGGAACAUGGCCAAUCAAGACUUUGAAGCAUCAGAGGAGUUUCAAGCCUUUGUACGAAGGCUUCCCACAUCCUACGCCCUGAACGUGUCUGCUAUCCAUUAUUUCUGGAAGAUGGAGCCAUCCGUUCUCCAACGCUACAAACAGCUGGAGAUUAGCACACAGCAGCUUAUAAACAAAGCUCGGCGCAUCAUCAACAAGAUAUUCACCCUCAGCAAGAGAUGUCAAACUCAGCCCAAAAUUAUUAUGCUGCGGGAAAGGCCCUUUGGGUAUUGGGUCAACUACAUCCUGUCCAUCAUGUACUGCAGUGAAAACAACCACCUUGGUUCCUACAUGGAGGAGACACGGAGCUGUUCCUGCCCUUAUGAACAUCCCCCCUGCCAGAGUGUUAUUCCAUGCACUGUAGGGGAAGGUUCCUCCUGUGCGUCCUGCUCUUAUGAAAAUCGCUCCCGCUGUGCCACAUGCAAUCAGGGCUAUAUGCUGAGCCAGGGUGUGUGCCGCAACGAAGUGCCAGACUCCACUGACCAUUACAUUGGCUUUGAAACUGACCUAGAGGACACAGAGCUGCGUUACCUGCUACAGAAAAGAGACAACAGAAUCAGCAUUCAUGGGAUCUUUGUCAGCAAUGAUGUCAGGCUUAAUAACUGGUUUGACCCAUCAUGGAGAAAGAGGAUGCUGCUGACUCUAAAAAGUAAUAAAUACAAAUCAAAUCAUGUCCACAUGCUCCUGGGGAUGUCUCUGCAGAUUUGCCUUACCAAGAACACCACACUUGACCCCACACUCUCUGUGUACAUCAAUCCAUUUGGGGGAAGUCACUCGGAGAGCUGGAUCAUGCCCAUUGACCAGAGCAACUACCCAGACUGGGAAAGGACAAAAUUAGACCUUCCCCAUGACUGUUAUAAUUGGACUUUGACUUUAGGCAAUAAAUGGAAAACAUUCUUUGAGACUGUCCACUUCUAUCUACGGAGCCGCAUCAGGGGCCCCUCCGGCACUGGAAAUGGAAGUGUAUAUUUUGAACCAAUAGAAUACCUUGAACCGGACCAAAACCUGGGCUACAUGAAGAUCAACAACAUCCAGAUGUAUGGCUACAGCAUGCACUUUGACCCAGAAGCAAUCCAGGACUUAAUUUUACAGUUAGACUACCCAUAUACUCAGGGAUCACAAGACUCAGCCUUGCUACAGCUGCUAGAGAUCCGGGAUCGAGUCAACAGGCUUUCACCACCUGGAUCUCAGCCUCUGGAUCUCUUUUCUUGUCUGCUGAGGCACAGACUCAAACUAUCAACUACAGAUGUUGCCAGAAUCCAGGCAGCAUUGCAGACUUUCAGUGCCAAGCAGCCAAACUCAAUUGAAUAUGAAACAACCAAAUUAUGUAGCUAGUAAUCUGGCCGGUGUCCAGGUGCACAGAUGGAGCAGUUAUCACACAGGCCUAAUACUUGUGAGGAGCAAUUUUAAAACAGUGCAAUGGACAUUUUUGGGGACCUUGGUAUUGUCGUUACACUCAGCUUCUAGGCAUGAGUUUCUCACGUCAAUUUUUUCCUAUAAAUUUGUAUAACACAUGAUAACUGAACAGGUUUUCAGCCUACAUGCCUCAUUCAUUAUUUUUUCUAUUCAUGGAAUCAAAUUUUACAAUUCAUAAUACAAAUUUAAAGCCCUGCUGUAACUCAUAUUUUACCGAUGUUUUGACAUUUAUAGAUUUCAGAAAUAUGAAUCACUCGCAAACAUUACAGAACCAUUAUGCUAAGAAAAUAAUCCAAGCAGUGUAGUGUUUUUAACAAUCUUAACACCAAUGUAGUUUGAUUUUGUAUCUUGUGUGGUUUUGUUUUAUUCCAUCAUUCCAUGUUAGGGCAUGUUAGACAUUUUUGUUUCAACUGUAUUUUAUUUUUUCCCUUUCAUACACGGCAUGAUACCUUUUUUUUUAGUCUACGCAUUUUUGAAAGUAAAUGAGAGAGAUAUGCUGUAUCACGCAGGUUUCUUAAAAUUACAAUAUAAACCGUUUCAGAAGGUGUAACCUGUGCUUUUAUUUUUAUAAUGCUGUUGUUUGUGAAGCAAAUGAUAAAAUAACAUUGUGUAUAAAAUGUACAGUACAAUUUGU